AAAUCCCCCCUGUGGUGCAUUUAUGCCACACCGUGCUUGGCAAGAGUGAGUAAUAACUCGCUUAUAAGCCGCCUCCUCCGCUCUUUUUUUUCUCUUGCCUUUCCCCUCCCUUCUGUGCUGCCUUGUUUUCCGACUCAAUAGUGUUCGUUCAGUAGUGUUGGGGCGACCAGUGUGCAGAGAGCAGGCAAACGCGCUCUGGGAUAUGUGGAGAGGACAAAGUCUGAGCUGCAUUUCAAUUCUGCCUCUUACUGCGCCAUUAUCUCCUCUGCCAUGUGGCUACUUGACUGGAUCGCCUCGCUCAACACAGCCAUGGUUAAAAUUGCCAGUGGUCUAAGGUGCAAGCCUGAGCCCCACCUGAGGGGAGCUGCACAGCAGCCUGACUCUCUACAGGAGCAAGAUGAAGAGAUCUUGGGCUCUGAUGAUGAGGAGCAGGAGGACCCUAAUGAUUACUGCAGGGGUGGUUAUCACUAUGUAAAAAUAGGUGACCUGUUCAAUGGACGUUACCACGUAAUCCGCAAGCUGGGAUGGGGUCAUUUUUCCACGGUUUGGCUUGCUUGGGAUACACAAGGGAAGCGUUUUGUGGCAAUGAAAGUGGUUAAGAGUGCAGAGCACUACACUGAAACAGCACUCGAUGAGAUCAAGCUCUUGAGAGCGGUCAGAAACACAGACCAGAAUGAUCCCAGCAGGGAAAAAGUGGUGCAGUUAUUGGACGACUUCAAGAUCUCUGGUGUCAACGGAAAUCAUGUGUGCAUGGUGUUUGAAGUUCUCGGUCACCAUCUGCUGAAGUGGAUUAUUAAAUCCAACUACCAGGGCCUACCGCUGCCAUGUGUCAAGAGCAUUAUUCGACAGGUCUUGCAAGGCCUGGACUACCUGCAUACCAAGUGUAAAAUCAUUCACACAGAUAUAAAGCCAGAGAACAUCCUGAUGGAUGUGAAUGAGGCAUAUGUCAAGAGACUAGCUGCAGAAGCAACGGAUUGGCAGAAAUCUGGAGCUCCGCCCCCUUCUGGCUCUGCAGUGAGUACAGCUCCAGCCCCUAAACAAAUGGCAAAGAUGUCAAAGAACAAGAAGAAAAAGAUGAAGAAGAAACAGAAGCGUCAGGCUGAACUCCUGGAGAAGAGAAUCCUGGAGAUAGAGGGACUGGAGAAAGGCCCAGAGGAAGGAGAAGAGGAAGAGGAUGAGGAAGAAACGGAGACCCCCGACAGCACCCCAUCAGUCCCUACUACCAAGACACUGGAUGACAUCACAGCUGAGGCCUCACUAUUAACGGAUGCCGUCACAGACUGUUGGUCUCAGCCCAGAGGUGCCAUCAAUGGUCACAGCCAGGGCCCUGAGGAAGAACAGACCCCAGAUCUUCAGCUGCAGAUGAAGGACGACACCCCCGUGAACCCUUACGACAGCAGCACGGAGGGGCCCGAGCCUCCUAACCCUUACCCAGCAUGCAACGGCACAGAAGAAAAAGAUUCCAGUCCUCCAUUCCCUGCCGCCACUGACGGUAAUGGACCUUUGAAUUGUGGCAUGGUUGAGUCACAGUGCCCUAGAGUGCAGGGUCCAGAAGGCCCCACGGCAGAGCUGAAUGGCUGCAGCUCUGCUGAGGCCCCUAGAGCGGAGAUGGGCCUCACCAUGGAGGUGGACCCCAACACGCAGGUGGCCCCAGAGGAGGAGAGCCUGAAGGACGCUAAGAUUGCGGUGGGGAACCUGCUGGUGAAUCCCCUGGAGCCUCUAAAUGCUGACAAGAUCCAGGUGAAAAUUGCUGACUUGGGCAACGCCUGCUGGGUGCACAAACACUUCACAGAUGAUAUUCAGACACGACAGUAUCGCUCUCUGGAGGUGUUGAUUGGGACAGGAUACGGCACCCCAGCAGACAUCUGGAGCACGGCAUGCAUGGCAUUUGAGCUGGCGACGGGGGAUUACCUGUUCGAGCCUCACUCUGGAGAGGAUUAUUCCAGAGAUGAAGAUCACAUUGCAUUGAUUAUUGAGCUGCUGGGGAAGAUUCCUCGUAAACUCAUCCUGAACGGCAAAUAUUCCAAGGAAUUCUUCACCAAGAAAGGUGAUCUGAGGCACAUCACUAAGCUUAAACCGUGGGGAUUGAUAAAUGUGCUGGUAGAGAAAUAUGAAUGGGCACAAGAGGAGGCCCAGAAUUUCUCUGACUUCCUGCUUCCAAUGUUGGACCUCAUCCCGGAGAAAAGAGCUACUGCUGCAGAGUGCCUCCGUCAUUCCUGGAUCUCCUCCUAGUGGACAAAUGACAAACACACACACACACACUCACAUACAAUGUUCUUUGGAACUCCUGAAUGCUCGCUGGUGACCGAUGCUGUCUUAUAGAGCCAUACCUGGUGUCAUGGAAAAUAUUAGCUGCGAGCUGCGAGAAGGUCCGGUCAAGCAGAUCUUAUCGGAAUCCUGUUCUUAUAUUGUUGUCAUUUUUUAUGUAAUGGGUUUAAUUUGAGUGUGCUGUCAUCUCAUUGGUUUGAGCUCUUGCUGACUUAUUCUAAUAGAUCUAAUCAAUUUUGUAUCAAUUUCCAUCAUAUCAGGAUUGUUUGAAACAUUUCAGAUUUGCUUUCAGAAUCUCUCCGUUUUCUUAGAGCAGGAGUGUUCAGUUUAUAUGACUUGGGACUCAUCAGCUGAUUGUAGUGUUUUUUUACUGUAUGGAAACCAUAAAAAAUGAUUGUUGAUCUUUAAUAUCGCCACAAAAUUGUUGUAGAUCAUAUGUCUGAAUGAAGAGGGAACUCUGAACAGUUUCCACACACGAUUGGACAUUAUUGAAGUUCUGAGUCUGAUUUGUUUGUUUGUUUUGGAACUGUACUUAAUGAAUGUGCAAUGCUAAGCAAGAGAAACAUACCCAUGCACUUUUACCAAAAAAGACUUAAGUAAAUAAAACGAAAGAAAUGCUAAUG